AUGUAUGGGAUCCCUCCUCCAACUUGUGGAGUCGGGAAGUGUACGGGCCUUAUUUCUCCAUCCGUGCUGGGCGGUGUGGUUGGAGUUCCAGGUGCCCAGGGGGGGACUGCGGCUGUGGGCUCUAUGGUCGCGUGUGGACAGACCAUAGUGCAAGUGGGUCCCCUGUGGACCAUUGCAGGCGUAUGGGUUGCCUGUCCAGUCCCCCCGGCAUUCCAGAGCAGCCGGCGACGCACUCUCUCCAGAUGUUGGGCAGGGCCGACAGCGGAGGAGGAGGAAGGGGCGACGGUGGAGGAGGAGGAAGGGCCGACGGCGGAGGAGGUGGAAGGGCCAGCGGAGGAGGAGGAAGGGCCGACGGUGGAGGAGGAGGAAGGGCUGGCGGAGGAGGAGGAAGGGGCGACGGCGGAGGAGGAGGAAGGGGCGACGGCGGAGGAGGUGGAAGGGCCAGCGGAGGAGGUGGAAGGGCCAGCGGAGGAGGUGGAAGGGCCAGCGGAGGAGGAGGUGGAAGACACAGGAGUGGCCUUGUUCUUGCAGCUUAGUGCUAUGAAGCAUUGGCGCAUCUCCUGUGCCUUCUUUACAGUUUUGUACAGUGCAUAA